AUGGAGUCGCUCAAAAGCUUUGUUCGCCGCACCGUCGACGAUGAGUCGCCUAAUGCCAACCUCGUCAACCUAAUGAUCGCCCUCCUGGUGCUCGUCUUUUGCGCCCUUCUUUCAGUCACCAUUCUCUUGCUCCUCAAGAGAAUCAAGCAAAAGACCACCGGACACAACGAGAGUCUUCCUCAGUACCACGACGAACAGAAGCGUUCCAGUAAUCACCGACGCCUUACGAUCUCGACCGGGCCCGGCGCCCCCCGGUCUAGCGUCAUUGUCUUCAAGGAUGGACAGCCCAUGCUGCAGAACCCGUCUUCCCCUCCUCACUCGCCCGACAACGUUCCCGAAAUCCACAUUACGUUCCCUGAUGAGCAGGAUGAUCAAGGCCGCCAGCGCAGCGGUCGCGUCCUCGUUGUCAGACUUGGAGAGUCGACCAUUGGCCUCGAGCCCCGCCAGGAUGAGCAGCUCCCUGCCUACGAGAAGGAAAGCAACUCGCAGUUUGUCUCCGUCGACAUCGAGAAGAUCGGCGGACUCAAGGAGAAGGAGUACCGUUAA